AUGCCUUGUCGUGCAGUGUAUGAAGUUGAUGGGCGAGAAUAUGAAGCUUUUGUACUUAGAAUCAUAAAUGAGAAUGAGUGCAUAGUGAGAUUUUUAGGAUAUGAAAAUUCAGAGAUAGUAUCAAUAAGUACUCUUAAGCCGUCCUUGGGUAAAGAGGAAAGGAAUCGACAGAUUGAACAAGCCUUGGAAGAUAAGACUGAUGAGGCAUAUACCAGCCAGUCACCAAAUACAGAAAAAAUGGAUUGCACAAGUGAUAGAGCUCUUAGCCCUGGCAGCACAGGUAAUUUAUGGUCUCUAAAAGAAAUUCCUACCAUAGGGAAUACAGUAGAAGCUCCUUAUUCACUGCUUUCUAUUUUACAUUUUCACUAA